AUGCUAAGUUCAUUCAUUAAUUCUCAUUCAUCACGCUCGAAGAUCUUUCACCGUUUCUUUUUCUUCUUUUGCAUCUUUUCAGAGUGCCAGUGCAGCCCGAUCGGCGCCAUUGCUGCCUCAUGUGACAAGCGUACCGGUCAAUGCGCCUGUCUGGCCAAUGUUACCGGCCGGCGUUGCGACAAAUGCAAAUCAGGUCAUUGGAACCUCACGCAAGGCGUCGGCUGCCAUGACUGUCGUUGCGAUCCAGCCGGUUCGCGCAGCCACGAAUGCAAUCCAUGGACGGGGCAAUGUGAUUGCAAGAUCGGUGUAGGCGGCCAACAUUGCAACGAGUGUACGGACGGUUUUUAUGGCUUCUCCACGGACGGCUGUCAGCGUUGUACGCAGUGCGCGGGCGAGGGACAGGUUUGUGAUCCGUUGAAUGGUCGCUGCAUCUGUCCGCCGAACAGUCGUGGGUUGGGUUGUGCGCAAUGUGUGGCCGGUACAUGGGGUUGGCAACCGCGUCUUGGUUGUCGCAAUUGUGCUUGCGAUCGUAUCGGUUCCAUCGGCCAGCUGUGUGAGCCGGCGCACGGACAGUGCCAGUGUCGCGAAGGCUAUGCAGGACGGCAGUGUGACACGUGUGCCAUUGGUUACUUUGGUUAUCCGGAGUGCAGGCGUUGCAAUUGCAAUGUAGAUGGUUCGUUUGUGCACGCAGAUGGCUCGAUUACCUGCGAUGCGAACGGGCAGUGUCCGUGCAAGACACUGGUGGUUGGACUCAAAUGUGACACGUGCAUGAAGUCGACCUUUGGCCUGUCGGCGCUCAACCCGGAAGGUUGUACACGUUGCUUCUGCUUUGGCCGUUCGAGCGAGUGUGAGCAAAGCGAAUGGUCGUGGGGACACAUACGCAUGGCGGAGGCACGCAAUCUGAGCGUUCAGUACAUACGACCACAGUACGUUACGAAUACGGAGUAUGAGUAUAUUGUAGUGGUACAGAUGGCGGGCGCAAAGAGUUAUCGCGAGGAUGCUGAAAUACAUCUGCUUAACGAUCUGAAUUUGAUACCGCGUUCUACGGGCAACGUGUCGAUUGGCGCCUACACGAACUUCUAUCAUCCACUCUACUUUCAACUGCCACCGCAAUUCUAUGGCGAUCGCACCAGCAGCUAUGGUGGUUACUUGUACUUUACGCUGUUCAUUGAGGGCGCCAACCGACCGCUGGAGCGCAAGGUACUCUCACGCUUUCCGUUGGUGCAAAUACAUUCGCACAAGAAGUUGGUGCUCGACUAUUACGAAUAUGAGAAUUACGAGUAUGCGCUGAAUGUGACCUACAAAGUGCCGCUGCAUGAGUCCGAGUGGAAGUACCAUCACAACAAUCAGCCAGUGGAUCGCGCUACCUUGAUGGCGGCCCUGCAGAAUGUGAGGCAUAUUUUUGUGCGCGCCUCGGCUUUCGCGGACUUCACGGAAGUAGUUCUCUUCAACGUCCACAUGGACUCAGCAAUUUACGUCUACGGCUCUACGAAUAUGAUAGCUAAAGGCGUAGAACAAUGCAAAUGCACGAAACGUUAUGAUGGACUCUCGUGUCAGGAUCCUGGAAAAGGCUACUACCGUUUUCGCAAUGUCACUGAAAUUGAGACUGUAUUCAUAGAGGAUCUCAUCGGACGUGUUGUGCCAUGCCAUUGUAAUGGACGCAGUAAUGAAUGCGAUCGUGAGACGGGUGUAUGCUUGAAUUGUCGCGAUAAUACAGGGGGUGGUCACUGCGAACAAUGCGCUGAGGGCUAUUAUGGUGAUCCCAACUCCCCAUAUGGCUGUCAGGCGUGCCCCUGCCCAGAGACAAGUCGGAACUUCGCCAAAGGCUGUAACGUUUGGCAAGGCGAGGUUAGUUGCAUUUGCAAACCCGGCUACACCGGCAAGCUGUGUGAUCGCUGCCGUCCUGGCUAUUAUGGCAAUCCACUUGCCUAUCCCAAUAGCACCUGUCAGCCAUGCAAUUGUAAUCUGGAUGGCGCUACUAAUGGUGAUUGCGAUAGUCAGACGGGGCAAUGCCAAUGUCGGCCGGGUGUGGCCGGUCUGAAAUGCGAUAGAUGCAUAGCAGAACGUAAUUAUUUAGAGGAACGCGGUUGUCGAAUUUGCGACAACUGCACACUGCUUCUAUUGGACUACAUCGAGCUGAUUGGCAAUAAACUUCGCCGCGGUUUGCACAAUAUGGAUCUCACUGGCAUACCAGCGCCCUAUCUGAAAGUUGAGGACUACGAGCGCGUCUAUAAUACGCUCCAAAUUCACUACGAAGACUACACAAAUGCGCGUAAGCUGCUCGGCAGCUAUGAUGCCAACGAGUUGCUAAAGAUCGACUCACACGCUGAGAACAAUAAAUUUCAAUCGCGCAAAGCGCUAGCCACAGCGAGUAAGCGCAGGGAGUCUACUGCCGAACUGCGCAACGAAGUCACAACUCUUUAUGUUGAUAUAGGCGCUUUGCGUUCCGAUAUUCUGAAAUAUAUUUUCACGCUCAACAACUAUGGCAAAAGUGAGCAGCACAUGAGCCUGCCGAUGGCUUUGGAUCAAGCACGCUUCUAUUUGGACUCAAUCAGACAGCACGAGGAGACCGUGAAUAGCAUACGCAAUUCCACGCAAUGCGCCUGGCAUUUUUACUAUCACUUUGGUAACGCUUCGGAUGCGGCAUUCGAUCAGAAAGCUCGCAAAGCUCGCGUUGAGAUGUUUUGGCGCGACUUGAAUCAAACGAAUUUUCGCAUAUCCGAUAUGCGACUGCACGCCGAUCGUACGGUAGAGAUGCAAAACGAGAUCGAAGACACACUGGAGCAUGUGGUGAAUUUGCGCAAUCAUGUUGCGGAAGAUUAUACUAAAAUCAGGGAAGUUGGCGCUGAGGUAAUGGACUACUUAAAUGAGAGUUUGAUACCACGCACGGACAUUUUCAUUGAAGAAACCUGGGCGCAACAAGAGCAAUUGAGUGGUGUAACCGAUUCGAUUGAUAGGCUCUUCGAACAGUUGAAUAUUUCGUUGGGCGAUAAUGAGGGUAUGCAGCGUGAAGUACGCAAACAUUGGCUGCCAAAAGCGCAGAAGCAUGCAGAGAGAUUGAUGGAGCGUUCGAAUGAGUACGCCAGACAAUUUCAGCCGACGAGAAAUGGUGCGAAAAUCGCAUUGUUGGCGAGCUCUGCGCACAAAAAUAUUUCCGAUGCCAUAGACGCUGCACGCCAAGCCUCUUUAGAAGCAAACGAACGCGUUUCGGAGGCGCAACGAAGGCUUUACCCCAACGACGGUAGCUCUAUGAUUGAACGUGCCAGGAUUUCACUUGACAGAUCCAAAAUGCUGCAAAAGGAAGCGCUGGACGAAAUGGAAAGCACGAAUGCCCUUAAGCAAAAGCUCAAAAUACACGAAGACAAAGUAGAAAGCAUAAAGGCAACGAUCUAUGAUGCGGGUACGCGCACCAACAAUGUCUCAGCACAUCUGCACGCCGCUGCCAACAACUCGGCGCGUAAGUUGGCUAUGGAGAGUAUGGAAAUGGCUAAGAGCAUUAGCGAAGAAAUGCGUCACGAGCUGCAAAAAGCUAGACGCAUGCAUGAGGAGAUUUUGAAGUUGCGUGCAAAGUUUGCCAUCUUGGAACCGGAUUGGGAAAUAAAGCUAGGCAGAGCUGAGGAGAAUAUAUCGCUCACCAAAACCAAUAUUCGCUUAGCCAACAUUUCGCUCUCUUACGUGGAAGAGCAAUCACAAAAGGAGACGGCGAAAUUCGAUGAAUGGAAUAAUACAAUGGCCAGCCAGGUGCAGGAAAUACGCGAUAAAAUCGCCAAAGCCCGACACGCAGCCGAGGGCAUCAAAAUUUCCUUGGAAUCACUCAAUCCAAAAUGCAUACGCACUUACCAACCUAACACCUAUGGGCUCACCACCUCGAAUACUAUUAAAAUAUCAUUUGCUUUGCCCAACCGUAAUGGCAACUCGCCACUGUUGCACAUACAGGGCAGUGAUGGCCGCUACAUUGCACUGGAACUCUAUAAGCGGCACGUGCGUUUACUUUGGAAUCUUGGCGGCACCACCACCAUCAUAACACAUCCAUUGGAAGUGCAAACGCGUGAUCCUAAAUAUGAUGACGCCUGGUACCACGUAGAAGCGAAUCGCACGCUUAAUAUCGGCAGCCUUUUGGUGCGUCGCAUGAACAACUAUGGGUCGCUUGUGCCUGGACAAACGGUCACUGGCAACACAGACGCUGCCUACACGCGUUUCUUCCAAACGCACAACGAACGCAUAUAUCUUGGCGGAUAUCCGAGUGAUAUGUCACAGAAGGAGAUGCAACAAAGCGCCGGACUCAAUGUGGUUGUGCACAAUGUGGAGGUGGAUAAUCGGCCGCUGGGUAUAUGGAACUUCAUAACGAGCGAGGGACGUUGUGGUGGUGCAAUUAUCGGCGCGCGAGAAUCAACGUCGAUCUCGAUAGCGCGUCACUUUAAUGGUCUGGGGUACGCUGAGGUGAAAAAGUCGCGGCUGCGAUCGUAUAGAAUGAAUUUGUUCGCGGUACAAAUGACCUUUAAGACGCUGGACGAGAAUGCACUACUAUUUUUGGCGGUUGAUGACAAGAAUAAUCGCUCCGUCUCAGUGACGCUCAGUCGUGGUCGCAUUAUGUUCCGCAUUGACUACGGCGACGAAUCGAAGUUGGAAAUAAAUACCACCAACAAGUACAACACCGGCAAAUGGGUUAAGAUUGAGGCAGCGCGCGAGUUCGUGCCCAAGCGCGGCACCGAAAAUGGCAUUUUGCGCGUGAACAAUGAGCGUGCCAUAACCGGCUCACCAACGGUGCCCAUCAAGAGUCACAUGUUACCCGAUUUGUCCAAGCCCGUCUACUAUUUGGGUGGCGUGCCACCAGGCUUCAAAUCGGGCACUUCUAAGGCGCCUGGCGCGGACAAUCCCUUCUUGGGCUGCAUGAAAGACGUGCAAGUCAACAGAGAAACCUACGAUCCGCUCGGCAGCUCCUCACACUUCGGCGUAGAGGCGUCCUGCAAAGAAAUAAUUACGAAAGCCGGCUUCACAGGUCAGGGCUACAUCGAAUUACCCUCACAAUCGCUACGCAAGCGUGCCAACACUGGUUUUGUCUUCCGCACUCUACAGCCCGAUUGCUUGCUGUUACUCUCUGCCUAUCCGCCGGAAGUUGCUGAAGACUACGACGACAAAGACAUCAAAGGCAACUAUUCGAUUAGUUUAAUCGAUGGCCACCUACAAGUAUGGAUCAAUUCUGGGCGCAGUCUUUUGAAAAUAAUUUCAAAUAACACACUAAACGAUGGUGAAUUCCAUGUGGUGAAUUUGAUAAAAACUGGUCGCAAAUUUGAAUUGAUUGUCGAUGAUGAAUUGCAAGAUACAAAGAUUUUGUCGGGCGCGCCCACAAUUGUCAGCAUGCCGCGUGAUGCUGGUGGCCUGUAUAUUGGUGGUGCACCACCCUAUGAGGAAUUUACGCCAUUGGCGCCGACAUUUAUCAAAUUGGAGGGCGCUAUUCGUGAUGUGGUUUUCAAUAACCACACCGUCAAUUUAAAUCAGGCAGUUGCGUUUUCGAAUGUGCAAAUCGGACGAAAUGGUCCACCUAUGGGCACAGUAAAUGGACUGAUCGAUGUACUGCUAAAGACUGAACCAAUGAUUGGAAAGAGUUUUACCGCAUCGCCAGAGGGUUGUUUGAGGGUCGGCAGCUAUUCGUACGAGCCGAGCGCCUUCAAAUUUGGCGAUAUCUCGCACAGUUACGCCCAACUGCAAGUGCCACAGCGUAAUUUCUGGCAACGUAAUUUCUACAUUUCUUUCGAUUUUCGUUCCUUCUACCCGAACGGUUUGAUUUUCCUAGCACCGGGCUCCAAGGAGAAACACAAGCACUAUGUGGCGCUCCUACUCAAAAAUGGUCAGCUGUUGCUGAUUGUGCGCGGUCGUCGACGUGAAGAAUUAAAAUUGACAGCCAAAUUGGACGAUGGCGAAUGGCAUCACGUGACGAUUUUGUGUCAGGAACGCAAAGUUACCAUGUCUGUGGAGAUUGGUCAGACAGAUCAGAAGACAUCAGCACAAAUGAAGGUGCCAAAGAAGAUUGCCGCCACGAAUGUGGUCUACGUUGGUGGUUUGCCGGAGAAGGUGCCAAAGCUGCCAUCGGAAUUGUUGCAACGAUUAGAGCCAUUCAAGGGCUGCCUGCGACGCAUGAGCAUCAAUAAUAGUACACAAGAUCUGGCGAGGCCUGGUAAACAUCAGCAUGUUGGACAAUGUUUUCCGAAAGUGGAGAAAGGAUCUUAUUUUCCCGGUGAUGCCUAUGCGAUUUAUAAACGCAAUUUCCAUGUUGGCAAAUACUUGGAAUUCGAGCUGGAUUUUCGCACCUCAGAACUGUUCGGUGUUCUACUGAGCAUCUCAGAGCCGUCAGGUUUUCCAGCGUUAUCGCUCGAGCUCAAUAAUGGCAAUAUCAUCUUCUCAACCGAUCUCGNUAAAUCUCUCUAUAUUUAUUUAGAAAUCGCGCCCACUGGCACGCUGCUGACGCGCGAAAAUUUCAAAGGCUGCAUACGCAAUGUGUCCAUACGACAGGAGAGACGCGAUUGGGUCGAUAUGGAUGAGUUGCAUAAUGUGCUGCUGAGUGAAUGUCUGGUCACAGGAGUGGAGCCAUGAUUACUUAGUGAGGAUGCAACUGUGGAUGUGCCUUAAAGCAUUGUAGAUAUGUACAGUUUUCCUGCCUGCCGUGAUAUAAGAUAAUGUCUACAA